GGGACUGGCUCUGGCUCCAUAUAAAGAGAGUUGGGACCAGAACAGAGACAGAAACAGGGGCAAACACACCUGCAGUCACACUCUCAUUAGGACAACCUCAGAGGCACUAUGAAACACACUAUCCUGGUCUGCAUAGUGCUGCUGGUCGCAGUGUCUGAGCUCUCAGCCGAUGAAAGGACACAGCCAGAGCCCAGACAGGCCAAAUGCUCGAAGGGUUCCGAAAGUGGCUUCUGUCCCAGAAUUUUCCAUCCUGUGUGUGGGACUGAUGGCCAAACUUAUGAUAACGAGUGUUUACUCUGUUAUGAAAACAAGAAAAAGAAUGAAAACAUCAUGAUCGUGCAUGAAGGGAACUGUCCAGUCGACUACUGAAAG